AAUUGGUUUCUUCCUCAAACAUUUCCCUUUUCCCUCCCGCGCUAUACGGCGGUGGCUUUGGUUCGGUCCUCCAGCCCGGUUUCACCCGCGAGCGCGCGCUGAGGGCGGCUCCCGAGGCGGAGGAGCCGGGCGACAUGGCGACCUCGCUCACGGCUCCGGCUGGAGGACUGGGGGACUGCCUGCUCCAGCUGCACGGCGCCCUGCGGAGCCCCGACCCUGGCGGCGCAGCCCUUCACGGCCGCAACCUGAUCCGCUCCUUAGCGGAGCUGUGUGUGACGAGCAGCGGGGACGGCGUCCUGGCCUUACAAACUUCACUGGUGUUUUCUAAGGAAGAUGGGAUACUUGCGUUUAUCCAUAAAUCACUAAACAUUGAAGAAUUUCGAGAAUGCAGAGAAGAAGCAUUAAAAUUUCUUCUGGCUUUUCUGGAGAAAAUUGGCCAAAAAAUUCACCCUUAUGUACAAGAUGUAAAGAAGAUGUGUUUUAGUGUUUAUACAAAAGAUAAAUCGGCAAAAUGCAGAAUCCCUGCGCUCGAGCUACUGAUUAAGCUGCUUCAGAACUUACGGUCUUCUUAUGUAAUGGAAGACCUGAAAGUUGGAGAAAUCUUUAACAAAUUUUAUGGUGAACUUGCUAUGAAAAGUAAAGUGCCUGAUACAGUGUUGGAAAGGAUUUAUGAGCUCCUGGGAGUCUUGGGAGAAGUCCAACCUAGUGAUAUGCUUGAGAACUCUGAGAAACUAUUCCGAGCUUAUCUGGGAGAACUCAAAACACAGAUGACCUCUUCAACAAGAGAGCCUAAGUUUCCAUUAGUAGCUGGGUGUCUGAAAGGACUGACUGCACUUAUGUAUAACUUUACUAAAUCCAUGGAUGAAGAUCCCCAAGCUUCAAAAGAGAUCUUUGAUUUUGCAGUGAAGGCAAUAAGUCCACAGAUUGACUUAAAGCGAUACGCUGUGCCUCUUGCUGGUUUACAUUUGUUUAGCAAGCAUGCUGUUCAAUUUAGUACUUGCCUACUGGAUAACUAUAUCUUACUAUUUGAAGUAAUGUCCAAAUGGUGUGGCCACCAGAAUGUAGAACUGAGGAAAGCUGGCCAUUCAGCCUUGGAUGAAUUUCUUAAGCAGGUAUCUACAAUGGUAGCAAAGGAUGUAGAAAUGCAUAAGAACAAACUGCAGUUCUUCAUGGAACAGUUUUAUGGUAUCAUCAGAAAGAUGGAUGCCAACAACAAGGAAUUGUCCAUUGCUAUUCGUGGAUAUGGGCUUUUUGCUGCGCCAUGUAAAGCAAUCAAUUCGAAGGACGUUGACUUCAUGUACGUUGAGCUCCUUCAGCGCUGUAAGCAAAUGUAUCUCACUGAGGCAGAAACAAUAGAUGACCAUGUAUAUCAGCUUCCAAGUUUCCUUCAGUCUAUCGCUAGUGUUAUAUUCCAUUUAGAUACUAUUCCUGAAGUGUACACUCCAGUUCUUGAACGUCUGAUUGUAGUGCAAAUAGAUAGUUUCCCGCAAUACAGUGUAAAAAUGCAGUCUGCAUGUUGUAAAUCCAUUGUAAAGGUUUUCUUAGCCCUGGCAGGAAAAGGUCCUGUGCUGUGGAGUUUUAUGAGUACUGUGGUGCAUCAGGGUUUAAUCAGAGUCUGUUCGAAGCCUAUUGUCUUUCCAAGGGAAUAUACUGGGAAAGAUGUUUCUAGGUCAGAAGAACCUCCUGCAUCUGGAGAAGUUAGGACUGGGAAGUGGAAAGUACCUACCUAUAAGGAUUACCUGGAUCUUUUUAGAAGUUUACUGAGCUGUGACACAACAAUGGACUCUCUGUUGGCAGAUGAAACCUUUCUACUUGCAAAUUCACCACUAAAAUCUCUAAAUCGUUUGUUGUAUGAUGAACUCAUAAAGUCUAUUCUAAAAAUAAUUGAAAAGUUGGACCUUACAGUUCAGAAACAGAACAUUUAUGAAGAAAAGGAUGGAAGUGAGGCUGACAUCGAUCUCACCAUUCCUACUUCUGAUCCAGCUGCAAACCUUCAGCCAACCAAGCCUAAAGACUUUACAGCCUUCAUUAACCUAGUGGAAUUUUGCAGAGAAAUACUCCCAGAUAAGCAUGUUGAAUACUUUCAACCAUGGAUUUAUUCGUUUGGUUAUGAGCUAAUUAUACAGUCAACACGGUCACCUCUUAUUAGUGGAUUUUACAAGCUGCUGGCCAUUGCCAUGAAAAUUGCUAAGAAAACAAAAUACUUAGAGGGUGUUGGUCCAAAGAGUAAAAAAAAAUGCCCUGAAGAUCCAGAGAAGAAUUCCUGCUUUGCAUUAUUUGCCAAAUUUGGAAAAGAGGUAACAGCAAAAAUGAAGCAGUAUAAAGAUGAGCUAUUGGCAUCCUGUCUAACUUUUGUGCUCUCGUUGCCGCACGACAUUAUCAUGCUCGAUAUUAAAGCUUACAUUCCUGCUUUACAGAAUGCUUUUAAACUGGGCCUUAGCUACACCCCAAUGGCUGAUGUGGCACUGGAUGCACUGGAGGACUGGUCAUCCCAUAUUCCAAGAUAUGUAAUACAGCCUUACUACAAGGACAUUUUGCCUUGCCUUGAUGGCUAUUUGAAAACUUCUACAUCAACAGAUGAAUCUCAGAAUAAUUGGGAAGUGAAGAAACUCUCCCAGGCAGUCCAGAAGGGAUUGAACAAAGUAGUGAUACAGCGGCUGAAGAAAGCAAAGAAUCUUGCAUUGGAGGAGGAUCUUUCAUUGGAUAAAGUAAGAGCUAGAGUUGUACGCCUUCUCGGUUCUCUGGGAGGACAAAUCAAUCGGAAUUUAGUUACAGCUGCUUCUUCAGAGGAAAAGAUGAAGACAUUUGUAUCUUGGGACACAGAGAAGCACCUGAGCUUUGCAGUUCCAUUUGCUGAUAUGAAGCCUGUUAUCUACUUGGAUUUAUUCUUACCGCGUGUCACUGAAUUGGCUCUUUCCGCUAGUGACAGGCAGACAAAGGUUGCAGCUUGUGAGCUCUUGCACAGUAUAGUUGUGUACAUGCUGGGAAAAGGUUCUCAAAUGCCUGAAGGACAACAGAGUUCCCCACCAAUGUCUCUCCUAUAUAAACAUACGUUUCCUAUACUGCUUCAACUUGCGUGCGACGUGGACCAGGUUACAAGGCAACUCUAUGGGACUCUAGUCAUGGAGCUAAUUCAUUGGUUCACAAAUAACAAAAAGUUUGAAAGUCAGGAUACAGUGAUUUUAUUAGAAGCAAUUUUGGAUGGGAUAGUGCAUCCUGUGGAUAGCACUUUGAGAGACUUCUGUGGUCAAUGUGUCCGUGAAUUUUUGAAAUGGUCCAUUAAGCAGACUACACCACAGCAGCAGGAAAAAAGUCCAGUGAAUACCAAGUCCCUCUUCAAGAGACUGUAUAGCCUUGCUCUCCAUCCCAAUGCUUUCAAGCGGUUAGGAGCUGCACUUGCUUUUAAUAACAUCUAUCGAGAAUUUAGGGAAGAGAGCGCUCUGGUGGACCAGUUUGUCUUUGAAGCAUUGGUUGUGUACUUGGAAAGCCUGGCCUUAACACAUGGAGAUGAGAAAGCUUUAGGUACAACUCAACAAUGUUGUGAUGCUAUUGAUCACCUGAAGCGUAUAAUUAAACAUAAAGCAUCUACCUUGAACAAAAACAGCGAUCGGAGGUUACCUCGGGGAUUUCCAUCUACAUCAAUAUGUUUGGUGGAUAUUGUCAUGUGGCUUUUAAUGCAGUGUGGACGACCUCAAACCGAAUGCCGACAUAAAGUCAUGGAGCUUUUCUUUGAAUUUGUUCCCUUGUUGCCAGGAAACAAAUCUCCAUCUUCCUGGUUGGGUGAUGUUCUUCAAGAACAAGGAAUCUGUUUUCUUAUAAAGAAAUUUGAAGGAGGUGGCUUUGAAGGUGAAAAUAUGUCUGGAAUCUUGUCCCAUGCAACUCUUUAUGACCUGCAAGAGACCUUUAGUUUGCGAGCUACUGUUCAGUGGAUGGAUAUGCUUCUGGCUGCUUUGGACUGUUACAAUACUUUUAUUGAACAGGGUGUGAUUAGACCAAAUGAGAUACUAGCUACAAAUAUAGGAUCUUCAUUCCUGACAUCACUGGAGUUCUUCCUUAGAAAAAUUGCCUUGCAUGAUGUGUCUGGUGCAGAACAGUGUUUUAGCUCUGGGUUCAAAGGCAACAUGUUUAGCCCACAAGAAAGAGAAGAAUAUAAUUAUAUCAAAUGUACAAUUGUAGUUCGAAUAAUGGUUUUUGUCAGCAUGAUUUUGGAGACCCAUCAGCAGCAUUUCUGGAAGCUGAUUGAGAGUGAGUUACUUAAUAAUAAUCUGAUAGAACUCGUUGUGAGAACCGUCUGUGACCCCAAAAGCAUAGGCUUUAACAUAGCUGAUGUACAAGUUAUGGAAAAUCUCCCAAAUGUUUGUGUGAGGCUUAUAAAAGCUUUGAUGAAAUCUCCUUAUAAAGAACCUUUAGAGACCAGCAUAAAGAAAAUAAUAACAUCAAAAAGCAUUGAGGAGCUUUGCAGUGUUGAACUAUGUAAUCCAGAAGCCCGGUUGGAUCAUAUUAGACUUGGUUCCAUUUUAUCUGCCUGCAAGCAGCUUCACAAGGCUGGUUUGCUUCACUGUACCUUGCAAUCUCAGGGUGCAGUUCUAAAUUGUGAGACUGGCUCUAAGCUCAUUUUAGUUGUAUACAAAGGUAUUGCACCAGCAGAUGAAAGAAAGUCCCUUCCCUCAUUGGACGUCAACAGUAAACAAUUAGCUGAUGGACUGCUUCAUCUGGCUUUUGCUUUUGGUGUCCAGUGCACAGAGCUGGUAAAUCUCUUGUUGAACACACUGAUGUUAUCUGUACCAUUAUCAGGAGCAUCCCAAAGAAACCUUAUCAGCUUUUCUCAUGGAGAGUAUUUCUACAGCUUAUUCUUGGAAACCAUUAACAGAGAAUUGCUAAAAAACCUGGAUGUAGCAGUACUUCAGCUUAUGAAAUCAGCUGUAGACAGCCCCAAAAUGGCUGGUACUAUUUUGAACGGCAUGCUUGAUCAAAGCUUUAGAGAUCGUGCUGUUCGCAAGCAGCAAGGAGUGGAACUAGUUACUGCUAUAUUAAAAAACUGGGGAGAGCUUGACCACUGGUGGACCAAAGAGUCUGCUCCUGAGAGUAAAAUGGCUGUCCUGACCCUAUUGGCUAAGGUUCUGCAGAUUGACUCUUCUGUGUCAUUUAAUACACAUCAUGAGGCAUUUUCUGUUGUUUUUAAUACAUUCACAAGUCUACUUACUGACCAGAAGUUGGGUCUAAACCUCAAGAGUCAAGCAGUUAUUAUCCUUCCAUUCUUCACUAACCUUGUUGGGGAAAGACUUGGUGACCUUAAGCAUGCACUUGACCAACUUGUAGCAUUUAAUUUCCCUUUGAGAUCUGAUGAGUUUCCCAAAGGCACCUUAAGAUACAAUAACUAUGUGGACUGCGUUAAAAAAUUUCUAGAUGCACUAGAACUGUCCCAGAGUCCUAUGCUGUUACAGUUGAUGACAGAAAUUCUUUGCAGAGACCAGAGACACAUAAUGGAGGAAUUAUUUGAAAUCAGCUUCAAAAGGAUUGCCAGAAGAAGUAGCUGUGACAAACAAGUGGCGUUGCUGGACACUGUGCACAAAAUGUUCCAAUGUGAAACCGUUCUCUCAAAUGCAACCUGUCAAGCCUAUGUAGAUCGCUCUCUUCUGGUGCUGAUGCUUCACUGCAGCUUGGAUGCAUUGAAAGAAUUUUUAAGUAAGAUUAUUGUGAUGGCUAUGGAUACACUAAAGUCCAGGUUUACAAAGUCAAAUGAAACUGCUUUUGAAAUGCAACUCACCAAGAAAAUGAGCUACUACAAGAUUCUGAAAGUGAUGUAUUCACGUCUUUCCAAACAAGAUGUGUAUUCUAAGGACUCUAGAAUUAACCAAGCUUUUCAGGGCUCCACCUGUGUAGAAGGAAACGAACUUACAAAGACGCUAAUAAAGUCCUGCUAUGAUGCCUUUUCAGAAAACAUGUCAGGUGAAACUCAGCUAUUGGAAAAGAGGAGACAGUAUCAUUGUGCUGCAUAUAAUUGUGCCAUUGCUGUUGUUAGCUGUGUGUUCAAUGAAAGUAAAUUCUACCAAGGCUUUCUUUUCACAGAAAAACCAGAAAAGAAUUUACUUAUUUUUGAAAACUUGUUGGAUUUGCAACACCGUUACUCAUUUCCUAUCGAGAUUGAGGUUCCACUUGAAAGAAAGAAACAGUACAUUGCUAUUAGGAAGGAAGCCAGAGAAGCAAUGAGUGAUUCAGCUGAACCACGCUAUUUAGCAUCAGCAUCAUAUAUGGUAGACAGCAGUCUGAGUGAGGAAAUGAGCCAAUUUGAUUUCUCAACUGGAAUACAAAGUUUUUCAUAUAACUUGCAAGACUCUACCACCUCUGGUCCUCGUCUCAGGAGAAAGGAGCCCUCAGAAUCGAUGGUUCCAGAUGAUGUUAUGGAAUUGGAAAUGGAUGAGCUCAACCAGCAUGAAUGUAUGGCCUCUAUGACAACCUUGAUCAAACAUAUGCACAGAAAUAACAUCACACCCACAAUAGAAAAAGAUGUAGAUUCACCAGAUCUUCCUCCAUGGAUGAAGCUUCUGCACAGCAAACUGGGGAAUCCAUCUGUAUCACUAAACAUUCGCCUGUUUGUAGCAAAACUCAUUGUAAAUACAGAAGAAGUUUUCCAACCUUAUGCAAAGUGGUGGUUAGGCCCCUUACUACAGCUGGUUGUUUCUGGUGAUAAUGGAGGAGAAGGGAUUCAUUACAUGGUGGUGGAGAUAGUGGUCACCCUACUUUCCUGGACGAGUGUUGCUAUUCCUAAAGGAGAUAUCAAGGAUGAAGUCCUAGCUAACAGAUUGCUUGAGUUCUUGAUGAAGAAUGCAUUCCACCCGAAAAGAGCCGUGUUCAGACAUAACCUAGAAAUUAUCAAGACUGUAGUAGAGUGCUGGAAAGACUGUCUUAGCAUACCUUACAGGAUAAUAUUUGAACGGUUUUCUGGUGGAGAUCCCAAUACAAAGGAUAACUCAGUGGGAAUUCAGUUAUUGGGAAUUAUUCUUGCCAAUAACUUGCCUCCCUAUGAUCCAAAGUGUGGAAUAGAAAGUGUGAGAUACUUCCAAGCUUUGGCUAACAACAUGGCCUUAAUAAGAUACAAGGAAGUAUAUGCCGCUGCUGCUGAAGUACUGGGGCUCAUUCUUCAGUAUUUUGCUCAGAAGGAAAAUAUAUUUGAUGGUCCAAUUCAUGAUUUAGUCGUAAAGCAACUAAAGCAGCAUCAAAACUCCAAAGAGGACAAAUUUAUUGUGUGCCUGAAUAAAGUGGCAAAGAACUUUCCUCCACUUGCUGAUAGGUUUAUGAAUACGAUCUUCUUCCUGAUACCAAAGCUUCAUGGGGUAAUGAAAACUCACUGCCUGGAAGUAAUAAUGUGUCGUGCUGAAGAAAUAGCUGAUCUGUACCUACAGUUGAAGAGUAAAGAAUUCACACAAGUCAUGAGUCAUAGAGAUGAUGAAAGGCAAACAGUAUGUUUGGAUAUAGUAUACAAGAUGUUACCUAAACUGAAACCAACUGAAGUUCAAGAGCUUCUUCCAGCAAUAAGAGGCUUCAUCUCUCACCCUUCACCAUUAUGUCGAGAACGAAUGUAUGAUAUUCUCAUGUGGAUAUAUGAUAACUACAGGGAUUCUGAAAGCCAAGCAGAUGAAGAGUCUUCUAAUGUGUAUAAACUGGCAAAAGAAGUUCUUCUUCAAGGACUGAUUGAUGAGAAUUCCGGACUACAAUUAAUUGUUAGGAAUUUUUGGAGUGAUGAAACUAGAUUACCAGCGAAUACUCUUGAUCGUAUGUUGACUUUGUUAAGUUCUUUAUACUCUGUCAAAAUCGAAACUCAGUAUUUGAGUUUAACUACAAAUUUUCUGCUUGAGAUGACCAGUAAGAGCCCAGAUUAUUCCAGGAAAAUGUUUGAGUAUCCACUUUCGGAAUGCAAAUUUCAGGAUUUUACUAUUGACUCAAAUUGGCGGUACCGAAGUACUAUUCUUACCCCUAUGUUUGUGGAGACCCAAGUUUCCCAGAGUGCCGACAGGUAUCGCUCACAGGAAGGAUCCAUGAGUGGCCAACUAAGGGCUACACAACAGCAAUUUGAAUUUACCCCCACCCAAAAUAUCAGUGGGAGAAGCUCUUUCAACUGGCUAAUAGGAAACAGUGUUGACACCUUGGCAGAGUACACAGUCUCUUCAUCUUCUGAAUCUUUGUCUUCAUCCAUGUUGCUCAUUAACAAGCGGGCUGACAGAACACAUGGAGCUGCCUUUAAACCCUUAGGUCCUAAUUUUGGGAAGAAAAGGCCGGGCUUGCCAGGAGAUGAGGUGGACAGCAAAGCUAAAGGUAUAGAUGAACGGGCAGAAAUUCUGAGACUGAGAAGACGCUUCUUAAAGGACCAAGAAAAGCUUAGUUUGAUUUAUGCAAGGAAGGGUGUUGCUGAACAGAAACAAGAAAAGGAAAUGAAAACUCAGCUGAAGAUGAAGCAUGAUGCUCAAGUCACUCUGUACAGAAAAUACAGGCAAGGUGACCUCCCUGACAUUCAGAUUGAAUAUAGCAGUCUAAUUACUCCUCUGCAGGGUGUGGCACAGAGAGAUCCUACACUGGCUAAACAGCUCUUCAGCAGUUUGUUUAGUGGAAUUCUGGAAGAAAUGAAAAAAUCUAAGUCUCAGACUGAAAAGGACAAUGCUGUCCAGCAGCUGGUGCAGAACUUCAACUACUUUCUGACCACAAGUGUAUUGUAUUUCCCACCGUUCAUAGCCUGUAUCCAGGAAAUGAGUUACCAGCACAAAGAGCUUCUGGACAUCAACUCCUCUAGUGUGAGUACUAGUUGCUUAGCAAGUUUACAGCAACCAGUGGGAAUCCUGCUGCUUGAACAGACUUUAGUUCACCUUUCCCCUGAGGAGAAGGAGCCACCCUCCAAACGGAUGCGUGGGAAGGCAGAACUUUCACCUGAUGUGACCAGAUGGAUUGAACUUGCCAAGCUUUAUCGAUCCAUUGGAGAUUAUGAUGUUCUGUGGGGUAUUUUUAGUGGAAAGAUUGGCACUAAAGAAAUUACUCAAAAGGCCUUAUUAGCCGAAGCAAAAAGCGAUUAUGCUGAAGCAGCUAAGCAAUAUGAUGAGGCGCUCUCUACACAGGACUGGCCUGAUGAAGAACCAACAGAAGCAGAAAAGGAUUUUUGGGAACUUGCAUCCCUUGAAUGCUACAACCAUCUGACAGAAUGGAAGUCCCUAGAAUACUGUUCAACUGUCAACAUUGAUAAUGAACAGCCCCCAGACCUAAACAAAGCAUGGAGUGAUCCAUUUUAUCAGGAAGCCUAUCUACCAUACAUAAUUCGCAGCAAGCUGAAGCUUCUGCUUCAUGGUGGAAAUGACCAGUCUUUACUGACAUUUAUUGAUGAGGCUAUGAAGACAGAACAGAAGAAAUCUCUUUUAGAAAUGUACUACAGUCAAGAAUUGAGUCUUCUCUACAUUUUGCAGGAUGAUUUUGACAGAGCCAAAUACUAUGUCAACAAUGCUAUGCAGGUGUUCAUGCAGAAUUAUUCCAAUAUUGAUUCACUAUUGCACCAGAGCAGACUUACCAGGCUGCAGUCAGUUCAGGCUUUAACAGAAAUACAAGACUUUGUCAACUUUAUAAGCAGACCAAGUAAUAUAGCUUCUCAAGCUUCCCAUAAGAGACUUCUCGGUAUUUGGACAAGCAGAUAUCCAGAUAGCAAAAUGGAUCCUAUGAACAUUUGGGAUGAUAUCAUUACAAAUCGGUGCUUCUUCCUUGACAAAAUUCAAGAGAGACUUCCUGACAACCCUCUGGAAGACAGUAUGGAAGUGGAUGGAGGAGGAGAUGCUAGUUCCAAAAUGGAUGUGGAUAUUGAGAAUGAAGACAUACACUCAUUGAUUAGAAACUGCAAAUUUACUAUGAAAAUGAAGAUGAUAGAAAGUGCCAGGAAACAGAACAGCUUCUCGGUAGCCAUAAAACUUCUGAAGGACCUGCACAGAGAUUCUAAGACUAGAGAAGAUUGGCUGGUGAAGUGGAACCACAGCUAUUGCCGAUUUAGCCACAGUCGCAGCCAGAGCCAGAGGAGUCCUGAACAAAUACUUACAGUACUCAAAACAAUCUCUCUACUAGAUGAGACCAAGUCUGGCAACAUGAGCAUCGAUGCACUAACUUUCCGCAACCAAAAUCUCCUUCUGGGUACCACUUUCCACAUUAUGGCCAGUGCCCUUCGCAAGGAUCCAAGAUCUCUUGACCAAAUUGAGGAAGAAAAAGCUAGACAAGUCUUAGUGCUUUCAGAAGAAAAGCCUGAUAAUAUUGAAAAGGUAAUAGCAGGUUUGAACAAGAGAGCUUUCCAGUGCUUCAGCAGGGCUAUGAGGAAAGCUGAAGAAGAGGUACAGUCCAUCUCAUCUGAACACAUAGAUACUAAAGGUGUCAUAGAUGCAUAUAUGACAUUAGCUAAUUUCUGUGAUGGUCAUCUCCGUAAAGAAGAAGAAAGCUCAGCAGAUAUAAAUGCUGUGGAUUUACAGGCAUUCCCAGCCAUUGUUGUGGAUAAAGUAAUAAAAGCUUUAAAACUGAAUUCAGAAGAAGCUAGGUUAAAAUUUCCCAGGCUAUUACAAAUUGUGGAGAGGUAUCCCCAGGAGACUUUGGACCUCAUGGUACAAGAGAUUUCCUCAGUUCCUUGCUGGCAGUUCAUUGGCUGGAUCAGCCAGCUGAUGGCGAUGCUUGAUAAGGAGGAAGCACCGGCUGUGCAGUAUACAGUGGAAGAAAUUGCCAACAUUUACCCACAGGCGAUAGUGUAUCCCUUCAUGAUCAGCAGUGAAAGCUUUUCUUUCCAGGAAACUAUCAUGGGCACUAAGAACAAGGAAUUUGUAGCAAGGAUGAAAAGCAAAUUAGAUAGAGGAGGUGUGGUGCAAGAUUUUGUCCAUGCCUUGGAGCAGCUUUCCAACCCUGCAAUGCUCUUCAAGGAUUGGACUGAUGAUGUAAAAAAUGAGAUGGGGAAAACUAAGAUAAAUAAAAAUAACAUCCAGCAGUUGUAUAAUGGAAUGUACCAGAAGUUGGGAGAUUUACAGGCUCCAGGUCUUGGGUUGUUCAGAAGGCGAUUUAUUCAGAAAUUUGGGAAGGAAUUCGAGAAUUGUUUUGGAAAAGGAGGUUCCACGCUGCUGGAUAUGAAAGCCAGGGUCUUCAACACUAUUGCAGACUCACUUUUAUCAAAAAUGAGAGAAUUUCAGAAAGAACCUGGGAAUCUGAAGGAGUGCUCAUCUUGGAUGAGUGAGUUCAAACCAGAAUUCUUGAAGACUGAGCUGGAAGUCCCUGGUCAAUAUGAUGGUAAAGGAAAGCCAUUGCCAGAAUACCAUGCAAAAAUUUCUGGAUUUGACGAGCGGAUAAAAGUAAUGCAGUCCAUCCGGAAACCAAAGCGCAUAAUUAUCAGAGGUAGUGAUGAGCAGGAAUAUCCCUUCCUUGUGAAAGGAGGAGAAGAUCUCCGGCAAGACCAGCGCAUUGAGCAGCUCUUUGAUGUUAUGAAUACUGUCCUCUUACGAGAUGCUGCCUGCAGCCAAAGAAACAUGCAAUUAAAAACAUAUCAAGUUAUUCCAAUGACCACCAGGCUAGGACUGAUUGAAUGGCUUGAGAAUACUUGUACUUUAAAAGAGUUCCUUUUGAAGAGCAUGUCUGAACAGGAAAAGAAUGAUUAUAACAGCCCCAAUGGUCCGCUUGCUGAUUAUAGCAAUUGGCUGACGAAGAUGGGGGGGAUUAAAGAGACUGUUCCACGCUACAUGCCUAUGUACAAGAGAGCUAGCCGUACAGAAACAAUUAUGUCUUUCCAGCGACGAGAGAAACGUGUUCCUGAAGACUUGCUAAGGAGAGCCUUUGUCAAGAUGAGUACAACUCCAGAGGCCUUUCUGUCUCUGCGAUCCCAUUUUGCGAGCUCCCAUGCAUUGAUGUGUAUCAGCCACUGGCUUGUUGGUAUUGGAGACAGACACUUGUCCAAUUUUAUGAUCACGAUGGAGACAGGUGGCAUGGUGGGAAUAGACUUCGGACAUGCAUUUGGUUCAGCUACACAGUUUCUGCCUGUACCAGAGUUGAUGCCUAUACGUUUGACUCGCCAGUUCAUUAAUUUAAUGUUACCCAUGAAGGAAUCAGGUCUUAUUUAUAGAGUGAUGGUACAUUCCUUAAGAGCCUACCGUGCAGAUCAAGAUUUUCUGAUUAAUACUAUGGAUAUAUUUGUGAAGGAGCCUUCAUUGGAUUGGAAAAAUUUUGAACUUAAACAGUUGAAAAAAGGAGGCACCUGGACUAAGGAAAUAAACACAGAUGAGGUGAAUUGGUAUCCCCUCCAAAAAAUAAAUUUUGCCAGAAGGAAGUUGGCAGGUGCUAAUCCAGCUGUGAUCACCAGUGAUGAAUUACGGCUGGGCCAUGAAAAAUCAGCUGCCUACAGGGAUUAUGUAUCUGUGGCACGAGGAAAUAAAGAAUGCAACAUCCGAGCCAGAGAACCAGAGGAUGGACUUUCAGUAGAAACGCAAGUGAAGUGCCUUAUAGACCAAGCCACAGACCCAAAUAUCCUUGGCAGAGUUUGGGAAGGAUGGGAGUCCUGGAUGUAAAAGAUAAAAAUGCCAUCAAAAUAAAAUUCCUUAUCAGUGCCUGUGCAAUCAGGUUGCCACUACUUGGAAGCUGAAGUGGAGGUGAAGACUACUUGGACUGUGUAUUAUUUACAUAGCAAUUAGUACAUAAUACAAAGUGUGAUGCAGCAACAUAAUUUAAUCAUGCACUGGCAAUUCUGUAAUUUGGACUUGUAUCGGCUUACCAUGUGAUAUAUUGAGUCUAGGAGAUGUUUACUGCUCAGUAAUUAUGCAUUUAAUUGCUGAUAUUAAGGGGGGAACACUUUCCCAAAAACGGAGUAGGAAAAGCCAUUAAGAAUAUAUAAUUGAUCAUACUAGCCAUAUUUACACUGAAUUGGCUAUGAUACUGUGAGCCAGCAAAAGUAUUACUGCUUACAUGUUUUAUUCACCUAACUAGAGUAAUACCAGAAGAGAGAAUUCAUGUGAGAUUACCCUUCCCUUCCAUGAGCAGAAAAAUAAGCUUGUGACUGUGAUAUGCACAGAUGAUCAGCAGUAAUUUUGCAUGAGAAAACUCUUCCAAAAAUUGAGUAGGGUAUAAACAGUUAUUUGUGUGACUUAGUCAAAGUAGUAUCUGCACCAGCCUUAUGAUUACCAGCUGACCUUAAGCUGACAAUUCUGUGUGUGUGUGUGUGUGUGUGUGUGUGUGUGUGUGUGUGUGUGUGUACAUUCACACACCCAUAUACACACACUCCAAAUAAACACCAAUAAAUAAAUCCUAAAUUCCAAUAGUCCUUGGCCAUAAUGAAGAAUUAUCAACAAACUUGAUGUCCCAUGAAAAUGUUUUCCUUCCAACUAGGCUGUAAUUUUAAAAAUAAAAGCAGCAAAGCUAAAAGUAGAAAACAGCACUAUAGUUUCAUUGUCAAUAAGAUACUUCUAUUACUUGCACUAGAGAAAAAUUGUGUACUGUGCCACUAAAGCAUCAGGGAAUAUUUCAUAUUGAGAAAGUCUGCAACAUCUCACUAAACUUAUUUUAGAAUAAAUAAUCUUUGACCCUUUCAUGAUUUCUGCAUAUCAUGGAGCACUGGGGGGGGGGGGGGAACCCAAAUAGUCUCUUAAAAGUUGUACAUCAACUUGUGUCUGUGCUGAGGUUUGUUUCAGGUUGUGUUCAUAAAUGAAACAGAAAGAAAAGCAGCCUACUUUCAGCAUGAAAGCUAUGAAAGAAAUAUUCUCAGAUUAAUGCAGUCUUUUCCACAAAUACAUUUCAUUUGAGGGAUAUGUCUUAAAUUCCCUUAAUUAGUUUUUAAAUACAUAGGCUAUUAUUUGCUGUGCUGUAGUUUCACCUUGUACUUUAAGAACAUAUACAUGCAAAAACACACUUGUCAACAUGGUGAUUAAAUUUCUCUUUUAUUUCCACUUGUAGAAAAACCUACACAAAACAGAACUGCUCAAUUGUUUUUUCCUUUUGUAUCUUUAUCAGUAAAAUUGUUGUCAUGAUUUGAGAA